UUUUCUUUUUUUUUUUUUUCUUGUAAUUAUAUUUUUUUUUUUGUAAUUUUAUACAUGUUUUUUUAAGCGAGACUCUUAUACACUCAAAAAAAAAUCAGGUUCCUCUGAAUUUUUUUCAUUGAACAGAAAAUAAAAACAAAAUCCCAGUUUAUUAAAUGCAUGAACUGGUUAAAAAUGAAAAAAAGAAGGAGAGUAGAGCACGGCCACUACUACAGACACGCACGGACCCUAUCGCAUUAUCAACAUCAGCAGAAGAGGAGCAAAAAGAAGAGCAACAAAAGAGAAUAGCAGCUAGAGCAGCAAAGGCAAUGGCACAAGUGCUACAACGUAGACGCGAACCCCGGUCACAAAUGAUAUGGGGAGACCGGAAGAAGGCUGUCAUUAAAAGAUACCCUGAUGGUAGUCAAGAAAUCAUCGUACCACAAACAUUAACUCCAGAACAAGAAAAUUACGAAUUUCCUCCCAGGUCAAGAUUCCUCAAGAAAUUAGCAAAUUCUACAGCUGAACGUCGUCGUAUUUCUGUCUUACAAGAUCACCUGGCGCCAUCAGCCCCUGACUCUAUUGUCUCUACCGAAGUUACACCUGCCCCUUCUUAUCAAACAAUCAACACCUCUGCAGAAAUGCGACAACCUGACCAACUUGCCCUGAACGAAUGGUUCACCAAGAAAGAAAACAGAACCAUGUCUAGAAAGUCAGAUAAAGAUCGCGCUGUGAUUGAUUGGAUCAACGAUGUAGAACGCCAUUCCAAAUCACUCUUGACGGCUGACAAAAAGUAUCAACACCUUGUUGUCAAAAAACCUUCACCUUCUACCAGUCAAAACAGUAACAAGAUUCAGUUCAAGAGUGAAGCUGGCAAAAGAUGGGCCAACAGUAUUCUCUCAAAUGCAUCCCUUCUUGCACCUGACGAUACUUGUCGCAAACAUUAUGUGCCUAGACGAUUACUAUCAUCACUGAGACAACAAGAUUUCAAAACGAACGAUGUUGAUAUAGGAAUUGAAGAAGAAAACAAACAAGCGACUGAAGCAGCUUCCAAGAUUCAAAUGAUUUGGAAGGAAUAUCAAAACAAAUCAUCUCCAGCCGUACUAGAGAACCAAAUUGGUCAGACAGUGAUGGCCACCACUGGGCAACGCACACCAAUUGCCGGCAUGGUACAACUUGUUCAAAUGCUUCAUCAUUCACUCAAUGUUCAACGACAAAAAUCUCAUGAUCGUAUGGCCAAGUUAGAAUCAUUGCUCAAAGAAGAAACCAAAAAACGGCAAGAAGCCGAAGAAAACAUGAAAAGACUUGAAUCUAUCUAUGGAUCGACUAAACCUCCAACAUCGUCUUUAUUAUCUAGAGUUACUGAAUUAGAAUUGUCUGUAAAACGCAAUUCUGUCAAGAGACAAUCACCCACAUCUUCCACCACGUCCAAAAAAUCCACUACACUUGUUGCUACUGCUCAUGUUCCUCCUUCUACUAAAAAACCCAUCAUCGCUUCUAGGCAACGUAAAUCAGUUGUUCCUGAAUCACCCCUUCGAUCCAACCCAAGAUCAUCAAAUCAAAUUCGCUCCUCCUCAUUGGCUCCUGCUGCUCGUGCUCUCUCUUCAUCAAGAAAAAAUAUCACCACCACAAGAAGAUUAACCGUUGCUACUCCCAACACUCGGCGCCCAGUGCAAUAAACACCAGUGCAUUUCCUCCUUUUUAAGUUUUAUUUUUUUUGUACACAUACCAACAUACAAGCACACACAUACACACACAUACAAUUCAUAGUUUCCUCUCUCUUUUUUUUUUUUUCUAUUUCGCAAUAUCUUUUUUCUCUUCUUUUUCAAUUGUAUAUAUUAAUUGUUUAUCUAUAUCCAUUGUUUUGCUUUUACUUCC